AUGGUCAAGGAAUCUUAUCUGGUUAGGUUAGCUUUGAGUAAUAGAACUGCAUUUGGUGCCCUAGCUAUCUCCUCUGUGACGCCAUCACGUGUGUUUUUGGACACUGAUAUUCAAGAAACCCGAGAUUAUCUCACUUGGAUGAACAAGAACCUAGCUGUUGCUAACAGAGUUGAUGCAGACAUUGUCACUAAGACUGAGACAGUGACCAUAGGCGAGCUCUUUUCCUAUAUGAAGCAGGAAGAUGCCAAGGUUGUUCAGUACCAAUUGGUUGCUUGGUUUGAGUGCAUAGCAACCAUUGGUGAUGUUGCGCACGGUUCAUCAUGGUAUUAUAUAGGCUGUGGUGGGUGCCACACUAAGGCAACCAAAGGGCCUACCAGCCUUAUGUGUAAGAAAUGUGGGAAAACCGAUAUUGUUGGGGUUGCACAGUACCUGGCCAAGAUCUCCGUGUAUGAUAAUGAUGAUCAAGCGUUUUUUGUGCUCCUUGGUGGUGCUGGACAUGAGUUAUCUGGAAAGAAAGCUUCUGAGUUGGUUGAGAAUUAUUUCGAGGCCAAUGAGAAUGUAGGAGAUGAUCACUUGGUUCCGGUACCUCAAGCUCUUAUCGAUACCAUAGGACAGACUCGCAAAUUCAUUGUGAAGGUGUCAAAUCACGAUUUAAUUGGCAAGACUCAAGCUCUGACUGUGACAAAGGUGCUCACUCCAGAAGUUCCAGAAGUUGAAGCCAAUUUAGAAGGAAAUGUGGUUGUGCCAGACGCACAGGGAAAUUUGCACAAGGAAGUUGCUGAUGAUGAUCCUUCCACAAGCUUUGGGAGUGUGAAGAGGGCUGCUGAUAAUGUUGAGGUAGAAGAUCCCAAGCGAGCCAGAAGUGGCUAG